UUUUGGAUGUGGCUUUAUUAUGAGCAAUUUUUAUUUAUUGAUAGUCUUUUGUCUAUUCGUUGGUUCGGAGUUUUGAAAAGAAUUGGAUUUAAAUAGUGUAUUGUAUAUAUAUGAUAGCUUUCGCCCUAUACUAGUCCCGGUAUGCUAAGGUCAAAGCGAAUCUGGCGCUCACUUUGAUUGAGGAGGCUCCACGUCAGUUCAGCGCGGUGCUUGUGCGAAUUUGCGCUUAGCAAAUGGAAGUCUCCUUACAGGAAUGGCUCAUAUUUCAUGUCAAUGACUUCCGCAAUGUCACGGAGGCCACUCAAUGCUUUGCCUUCUGCUUAUAUGAUGGGGUUUUUGUGGAACAAGAUUUAAUUGGUCGUCUGUCGGAGCUGAGUUAUCCUACCUGGUUGUCUCAGCACGCUUGUCAUUCACUACGCAGCGCAAACAAGUGCGAAGAUGCCUACAAAAUUCACGAGUGCAAACAGAAGAUUUUGAAUGAAAAAUUAAACUUGAAGCAGGGGGAGAUUGAAGAAAAUAUGACACAGUUUACUACGACGACUCGCUACCAGAGCUAG